CACCUUUUAGAAACAUGUACAUGUCAGCCGAAAAUCUGCCCUGGUACCUUGUUAGCUAUGAAAUGAAAUUAGAAUGUGAAUUUGAAAUUGUUAACCACAACAGAAUUGUUAACAUUGCAAAAAAUAAAAAUAUUAAACCAGGAAUGCAAGUCAACGUAUUGACUGGACCAAUAUGUAUGAUGGCUACAACAAUAAAAGUCGAAGAUAGGUAUAAUACACUCUACAAGCGAUUUAAGACUCUUUGCAAAGUAUGUUAUAACGAGCAGCAAUAUGAAACAAUGGUUAAUAAUAAGAAAGAGCUAAAUCGUUCACUAAAAAAAGCAAUUGCAGAUAGAGAUUUCCGUAAAGAAACAUUCAAUUCGCUUCCGAACAAUAAAAAAUCGAACGUUAAGACGAUAGUAGAGAGAGAAGAAACUUUCGUGAUUCUUGGCACAAAUAAUACCAAAGUAGCAUAUCUCGAUUAUGCAGCAAUAAAUUGGAACAAUACGAGAAAACCAACCAAAAAGUUGCUCGGAUUCUUAUUUUCGAGACAAUAUUUAGCGACCCAUUCUCUAACAGGACUCGCAAGCAAUGCAAGCAAUGUAAUCAAAAAUGCAAGACAGUUCAAGGAACAGUUAGUGGAAGAUAUCAUUGAGUUUGUACAAUCUAAUAGUAGUUGCACAAAAGCUCAUAUUAGAACCUCGAUUACUUCGAAAUGUGCUGACGAGUAUAAAAUGUAUAGAAAACAGUUGCAGAAAGAACGACAAUCUCAAGCAAUAUGUGAGGAUGGUAAUAAGGAUUUAGUCAAAGUAUCAACUAGUAAAAGACUUUCGAAAUCCAAAAUGAUGCUGAUAAUGAUAUUGAGGAAUUAG